AUGGAGGUAAUUUACAGAAAUGUGACCAACACCUACUUCGACUACCGGAGGGAAAUAAAAAAAAAGAAAAACCGAUUCAAGCUCUCCGCGUAUGAACAACUGGACGACGAAGAUUCAGGGAGAGAAGACAACCUGCUAAGUCAUACGGAGGACAUAGAGAUGCAGACACACAGUUUACUGCCACCACAAUGGAUUGAGAAAAUAGAGGAGUGUUCGGAGGACAUAAGAAAUGUCAAGCUAAAAUUACUGGAGCUGGAAAAAUUAAAAAAAAAAAAAUUAGUAAAUGUUUUACAAGAUGAUCAGAUGAUCAUACAGGAAAUUGCAAAAAUGUGCACUGACAUAACACUUAUGAUUAAAAAUUGCGAGAGUAAAAUUCAAGGGAUCGCAUGGGACGGCACAACGUGGGGGGAGGGGAAAGAUGAGCUAACCGACAAGCAACAUGGCAAGGAGCCAGAUGGACGGGACGAAAGGCAGCCUGACCCCAAUGACAUAAUAGGAAAGCUCAAAAUAAACGCAAAAAAAAGUUUAAUCUCGCAACUUAAAUCUAUAUCACACACUUUUCACAAUAAACAAAAGGCAUACAUAAACGAAUUUAAAAAAAUUACAAAUGAAUGUAACGAUUAUGCGGGUGAUUUCGCUAUCGGUGAAAUGGAAAAUAUGCAACAGCAGGAAUUAACAUACCAGGGGAAUAACAACCUGAGUGGUGUAAAUAUCGCUAGGAGGAACAUGGACUUGAAGAAAAUCUCCAAUACAGUUAUUGACUUGCAUCAUAUUUUUAAGGAGCUCUCCGUCAUGUUGGUGGAGCAAGGAUCCAUGUUAGACCGAAUUGACUACAACUUGGAUUUAUCCAUAGAUAAAUGUGAAAAAGGAUUAAAUAAAUUAAAAAUUUUCCAUAAGAAUGAGGGAGAUAAAUUGGCUGCACGAUGUGUAUCCUUCCUCACUUGGCUAAUCUUUGUUUUGUUAAUACUUAUCAUUUUGAAGCAUUUGUACUGA